AUGGGUAUCAAGCUCGCUUCCGCUUCCGAAAGCCCCAUCGCUGACGUUGUCAUCGUCGGCGGUGGUGCUGGCGGUGUUGCUGUUGCGCUCCAUCUCAUGGAACUCGCCAAAAAGGGAAAGAAACUCGACGAACUUGUCAUUAUCGAGAAGACAGACGUUGUCGGUCCUGGUCUUGCCUUCUCCGUUGACUGCGAUGGCACUAUUCUCAACAUGCACUCCGAUACUAUGGGUAUUAUGAACGAAAACCCUCACGAUUAUACACAAUGGCGUCAAAGUCUUGAGGACGGACCCUUCCCAUCUCGCGUGGACUAUGGCCAGUACCUCCAGACAAGAUGGUCUCAGGCUAUGGAGCAGGCCGCCAGUAUGGGUAUCAAAGCCAGAGUCGUGCACCAGGAUGCUGUUGAUAUUGAGCGUCUCGCCGACAACACCAUGACAGUCACCGUAGCUGACGGUACUAAGAUUGCUGGUCGCGACGUUGUUCUUGCACUUGGUAACUUCGUCGGUACUGCCAACUCUCACCUUGUUGGCAAGGCUGGUUACUUCCCCAACCCUUGGCCCACUGCCCAGCUGAAGAACAUUCCCUCUGACUCUCCCGUCAUUGUCGUUGGAUCUCGCUUGUCAGCUGUGGAUGCAGCUAUCUAUCUCUCUGAGAACGGUCACACUGGACCUAUCACCUUCAUGUCCCGCAGUGGUAAGUUGCCCAAGGUUCAGGGCCUCCCUGUACCGUUCACCCGCAAAUAUGUUCUCCACGAGUUGGCCAGAGAGGUCGAAGCCAAUCCCAACGAAAGCUUGCUUCGUAUGGCUAGCGCUCUUACUGAAGAGAUUACUCGCGCCACCAACGGUGACUGGAGCUGGUUGUUCGAGAAGGAUGACUAUACCGAGCAGCUCGAGAUUGACAUUGAUCUUGCCUCCAAGCAACAAGUACGAUGGCAAUCCGUGCUUUCAAGCACCGCCCCCGUCAUUGAGCGUUACUGGAACAGCUUGACACCUGACAGCCAAAAGAUCUUCAUGGAGAAAUUUAACAGUUCAUGGAUGAGCUACCGCCAUGCCAUGCCUGUUAAGAACGCAUCCCGUAUCUUUGCUCUACUGAAGAAGGGCCAACUCACUGUCGUUUCUGGUAGCUCCAUCAGCCAUGAUAAUGGUCUCUUCAAUGCUCAGACUUCAGCUGGUGUUCUCGAGGCCCCGUAUGUUAUCGAGGCCACUGGCCAAGAAUGCCACAUUGACCGCAUCGACUCUCCUCUCAUCAACUCGGCUGUUAAGAAGGGCUUGCUGACCGCACAUCCCGCUGGUGGCGUUGUAGUCGACUUUGAGCACCUCAAGGCUGGACCUGGUUUAUAUGUCAUGGGUUCUCUCACUCGCGGCACUCACUUCUAUGUUAGUGCUACUGAUAGAGUUGCCGCACACGCCUCACGCAUCGCUGAUUCCCUCGUUGGUGAGGUUGCUGCCGCUCAUCUCCACGUUGCUCUCUUUGUUGGCAACGAUCUGUCCUCCAACCUCAUGGCUAGUAAGCUUGUCCCUAAGCUGUUGCGCCAAGGCCAUGUCCCAUAUGUUUUCUUGACCAAGGGCAAGGCUGACGGCAAGUCUACUCUCCCCGAGCUUCGCGAGCUUGCGUUUUUCGAAGAGCAGCUCAUGCAGGAACAUGUCUUGCCUUACUUCAAGGACGCUACACCAGAGGACUCUGCACACAUGACUGUUUCCCAGAUGCAAACCAAGUAUGGCAUCUUGGUUCAGGAAGCUGCUGAUAUCAAUUCCGCUUCGUUCAUUAGCAGCCUUUCUAAGCAUCACAUUGAUGUCGGUCUUUCUAUCCAGUCUAGCGAAGCUUUCAAGCCGGAACUUGCACACUAUUUUUCAGGAGAUCGCAAGCUCCUCAACCUCACUACUCCUCAGGGUGGUGUUGUUGCUGCUGCUCGUGCCAUCAAGAACAACAAGUCCCACUUCACAUACACUCUCCGCGAGGUUACCGAUGUUCUUGGAGCCGGUAGCGUCCUAGUCGAUAGCCGUCAGCAUCCCAUUGACUUCUCCAAGUCUAUGCUCAACCAUAUGAACGAUGUCCAUGCCCUCGGCGUUGAUAUGGCUAGCGAGGCGGUCGGCAGAGUCGCCCGCAAGCAACCCCUUCAUAAGGCUGGUGUCGACGACGCCGAGUUUUCUAAUGUCGUGGCUCCGACUAAGGAAGAGCUUGAGGACUACAAGCAAUCUGGAAUCCGCCUGGUCGAUGCCGACAGCAUUGUCCAAAUUAUCGUCGACUCCUAUGCUCCCACUGCGAAGCGCGACGCUUUUGAACGACACAUUCUCGGCGUUGUUAGAGAAUUCUCUGACAGUGUCCUUGUCUAA